GCCACGUCGAACUCGACUGCUCCGCUUCACGAUCACGGAAUUUACCUUUUUGAUCUCUCCGUCUCCACUCUGGUGCCCCCCACGAAUCUCCUAUUCCCCAAUCGCCGCAACUUCCCCGCUCUAGAUCGCCGGCCUCCGCCAACCAGAUGGCUUCUCCCGCCCCCGCCUCUCCCCCGCCGCCAGGGUCUCCUGCCGUCGCCGAUCGGGGAGUGCCAACGUCUCCUGGUUCUGACUCUGAUGUUGACGACGAUGGCAUUGUCACCGAAGCCGCAGCGUUUGUGCAUAAUGAACCUUUGCAGGAUGAUAUUGAUAUUCCGAAAGUCAAGUCAGAGGUGGAGAUCCUUCAUGAGAACGUCAAGAAACAAAUAAUUAAGGAAGGCCAUGGUGCAAAGCCUCCAAAGUUGUCAACUUGCUUCUGUAUGUAUGAAAUGUGAUGUUCUCUCUGCAGGCUUCUGUCAGUGCCCAGGCAAAUUUUGU